CUGUACUGCAGAAAUGGCUUCAGGCUUGCCUGUGGAGUUGAGUCUUUCUGCAGGCCAAUGAUUUACAGUGAGUUGUGCUGUGAGUCAGUUGAAACAAUUGAAUUAGAUAUCCCCACAGAUCUUGUUUUCAGCGGAAUGCAUUUGAUUUGUUAGUGAGUCACCAUCUCAAAACCAGGAGCCUGAAGUUGGUGACUCGGCUGUUCAGCUGCUCUUCAGGCAUGGAAAGGUGCUACUUUGUGAGACUCUUUUUCCUGCCCUUAGUGCUGGAAGAUGCUGUGGAUGUGUUGAUGCUGUGGAGUGAUGGGACCUUGAUGCCUUUCUGCUUCAGCAGCUGGUGGAACUCCGUCCGCUCGUUAAUUAUUUUCUGAAAAUCGGGGAUGUGUGAGGAGGUGGGAGAAGCAUUAGGUGGAGAGCAGUACCACAAUCGGGGAUGUGUGAGGAGGUGGGAGAAGCAUUAGGUGGAGAGCAGUACCACAAAGUGUUCUCUCGCCUCCCCAGUCCCUUGCCAGCUGCUAGGAGCAGAGUCUGAAGGAGCCCUGUACCUGCAUUGCCUCCAGCAGCUCCUCGUCCGUGAGCUCUGCCUGGGGGAUCUUGCUGCCCGCUGCGCUCAGCGUGGCCUGAAGGAUUUUGCUUCGAUAUCUUUCAAACUUUUGAUAAAACAGGAAAGUGGGUGUGUUUAGUCUCUAUGUACAACCCUUGGGCAUUUGUGUGGAGUUACAGACACUAUGCUGCCAGGCUUGGACAAAGUGCUAGUGAGUGAUGAAAGGGAAAGUCUGUUUAUGUGAGAGCACAGGCAGUUUGACUGGGCUGCACUGCAGGUGAUGUGAUGAUGAUGUGUUUCUGGGAUGGUCCCUUACCCAGGUAUCAGGCUCUGUGCUUGCUGCCAGGCACAUAUGCCUACAGGACGUGGUUUGAAGGUGAUUCCUGUUACUUUGAGCCUGGAAGGUUAUUAGAAAUCUGGUGAUGUAACUGUUCUGGACUCGAGUUUCCCAAAGCCUGUUUGCUUUGUAAGUGAUGGCAGAGAUGCAUGCUAAAAAGCAGGGAAGCAUAUGGACUAAGUUUCCUGCUCCUCUGGCCCUGUGGCCACAAGGAGAAGCCAAGCCCCUGGGGCAGAGGACUGCAGUGCCCCAGUGCAGCUCCCUCUGCGCUUCUGCCCAAGAAUGUCAAUGCGCUAUCAGAUUUUCUGCUUGAAAUGCCCCCUCCAAGAGGGAGGCAGGAGUCUGAAGGGGCAGAGGCUACACUUACCCUGCAGGUGAGGCACUCCAGUGCCACUCUAGUCUGCAGCUCCUUGUGCUGCAGUGUCUCAGUAUGGCUCUCCAUCGCCUCUUGGGCCCGCUGCUGCUUGCGGAUGUGGUGCCGGCUGGUCAGAACCUCUGUCUGCAGCUGGCUGACUGUCCCCUGUAACUCACUGAUCAGCUUGCUCUGCUCAGCCAGCUUGGAUUCCUGUUCUGCAACAACCUGCAGAGAUACACAAACGAAGCCAGUAUUGGGAGGGAGAAAGUGAGCACUUGGCCACAUCUUCCCAGGACCUGGUCCAAAUGGUUGUUGCAUUUCCCAGGCUGAGUCUACAGCCUUGCCAGUACUGAUGACUGUAAGUUACCAGUAACUUGGAAUUCUCUAAAACUACUGGGUUGAGUAAGUCUUAUUAUGGGUAAACCCCCCCAAGCCUAAAACAAGCCCAACGAAGCAGCUAACAGAGGAGUUUCCUCUGUCGGCCUUGCUCCGGAUUCACCUGUCGAAGGCUGCAGUUCUCCUGCUCUGUUCUCACGAUCAGUUCCUCGUGUUUCCACUCUUCUCUCAGACUGCAAAACUUCAGGGAAAAUAUUGUGUGCUUCAGUUCUGCAGGUCACAGGUGCCCCUCCUGACUGUGAGGAAGCGAACUGUUGCCUAAAGCCCCAUUCCCACCUUGGCAGACAGGGCCUGUAGCUGAUUUUCUUGCUCUCUGAGCUUCUUUUGGAGCAUUUCCUUUUCAGAGUUGGCUCUCCGAAGCUGGGAUUCUUGGAUCUCCAGUUGUCUGUGCAAGGAAGCGAUGGCACCUGUAAAAUUGGAGCACCACUGUUAAGCAAACCGAAUCCCUGCCACAAGCUGUGUGUCUCCUCAGGUCAGGGGAGCAGGAGGGCGGGCAGGCGAGCCCGGUAGCCGGGGCAGCAGCGUGUUUGCCGGCCGCCUUCCCCGGCUACCUGUGGCCGUGCCGUAGUCCUCCCUGGCUUUCCGCAGCGCCUCGCGGAGCUGGGGCUCGGCUCCCGGGCUCCCGUCCAUGGCCGCGGAGGCGGGUGGGGCUCGGGAAGGCCGCUCGCCCCUCGCGCGGCCCCGCGCCGCCUCCGCUUCCCGCCCGGUCGCCCGGCAACGGCGGCGGGGCCGCGCCUUCCGCUUCCGGGCCGGGGCCGCGCCGCCGCCAUGGGGCGGAAGAAGAAGACGCUGCACGACUACGCGGCCGAGUUCUCGGAGCUGUCGGUGAAGCGGCAGCUGCUGCAGCGCGGCGGCGAGGCCGCGGUGGUGGAGACGCUGUACUGCGCGUGCUGCCAGCUGCCCAUGCGCGUCCGCCGCGACCGCAUCCUCGAGCACCUCUCGUCCGGCCGCCACUACCGCAACCGCCGCCUGCUCCGCCAGCACGGCCCCCGCGCCCCGCUGCGCUCCGCAGGUCCGGACGUCGGCCCCGGCUUGCCGCCGCAGCUCGACGCGCCCCGCCUGCUGUCCCGGCCGCCCUUCGUCCUCGCCGCCAGCCCCGGCCCCAGCGCCGGCUGCGCCAUGGUCCCCUCGCCGCCCUCCUACCACAAGCUGCUGCUUCCCCAGCGCCCCGGCGGCUGCCCGGCCGCCCCCCGGCGGGACACGGCGCCGUCCACCUCCGCCGGCCUCCACGCGAGGGUCGCGCCGGCCCCCUCCGAGCAGGCGCGGCACAGAGGGGCAGCGCCCGAGGCCUGCGACGGCCCAGCGCCCGCCUUGCCGCACGGCAGCUCCGUCGGCCUCGCCCUCUUCGGCGUAGGGCUCGUUAAUAAAGCCUUGUUUCAAAGCCUGAUGGAGGAAAGCGGCUGCUGCUUGCUUUACGUCGUGGAGGAUCGGCUGGAGGAGGUGCAGCACACCUUCAGCGCCGAGUUCCUGGCUGGCACCAGGGUGCUGCGGCAGCAGGACGCCCACGUCGCGCUCAGCGAUCAGCGAGUCUCUGGAGCCAUUAUCUGUUCACCACCUGAGGAAGCCUCUGAGAUGGUGCUGGACGCUUUACGAGCGGGUAAAGGGGUGUUCUGUGAGAGGCUGCCCAGCUGCGACAGGCAGACGGCGGGAGCUUGCUUUGACGAGGCCGACCGGCGCGGGAGGCCCUUGGUCUGCGGCUUCUACAAGCGCUUCGACCCGGCGCUGCAGUUCUUGUGCAAGAAGGUGCGCGACAGCCAGGCGCUGGGGAGGAUCCACCGCGUGUUGGCCGUCAGCAGCACGUACCCUGCAGCCUCUCCCAGCUUCCUGAAAACAUCAGGUGGAAUUUUCUAUAAUGCUGCUGUGCACGAUAUAGAUAUUGUCAGUUUGUUGUUGGGAGAGAGUGCACCAGAUACAGUGUUUGCACUGGGACACGCCUUCUGUGCAGACAUGGCCUGCCUGAAGGAUGCCGACACCGUAGCAGUCAGCAUGAAGUUUCCCAGUGGAGCCGUCGUCACUCUGGACAUCAGCCAGCACUGCACUAAGAGCUGGGAUCAGAGACUGGAGGUGCAGGGUUCCCAAGGAACGUUGCGGGUAGAUAACGGGAACCCCCUGGGGAUCACGGAGCACGGCACGUCGGUGUCCAUCUGCUCACAGACCCAAACUGAUCGCUACAGGGACGCACACAGGGAGCUCUUCCGGCACUUCCUGAGGACCCUCAAAGGCAAGGAGCCCCCUGUGAUAACCAAAGAGCAGUUUCUCUGGACGAUUCAGGUCGCUGCAGCUGCCGAAGAGUCCUGGAGGAACGGGUCUGCUGUCGACCUGCGCAGCGAGGCACUGGGCUCGUCUGUAGUCAAGACUGAGAUAAUGUGACAUGCUGCUGCCUUGGGAGCUGAGGGAUACCCUUCAGCCCUGCUACAGUGAGGGGUUUCCAUGGAGCGAUGUCUCUGCUGUAACCUGAAAUCAGAGCCGUGGUUCUGCCAGGACAGAGGCGCGUUGGAUGCAGAGCUGCUCCCCGCUGAGCUGCGCCUCAGCCGCACUCUGGACACUUUCAUCCUGGCAGCCUUUCCUGCCAGAGGGCUCUGCUGCCCGAGGAGCUGCUUUCCCAGGAGAGGACUGCUGCUCCUCGGGCCGUGGCACAGUGCCCAGGCCCCAGCCGCUGUGCCGGCGCCUGGCAGCUGCGCGAGCGGGGCGACGGGUUGCUCCGGGCAUCGCCUGCCUCUCGCCCCUCUCCUUUCUGUGUGUGCAGGAAUGGGACUUCUGCGCUCAACUCACCUCCUAUUUAUUUUUUUUUGUUGUUUUUUACCCGGUUUUCUACAUCUUUUCAAUCUCAUUUUCUUGGAGGACGUGGGGAGAAGAAAGGAAAAGGCAGGGAGAGAGCCCCGUGGCCAUCCUGACGUUGGGAGAUGAGAGACGCUGUCGUAAGACUGUAAAUGAAGGCUGUUCUGCAGAGGAGUGGUGCAUGUGGGCGUUGCAGUAGUGAACCCUGUGUUCUCAGAGGGCUUUCAGAAUGCAGUGAGUGUGUUGGUGCAGGGCCCCUGGACGGUGUCUGUGGCUGGGGGCUGUUGCUCCCCUUGCUUAAACACAAAUGUUGUAUGUUAACACUUUAGUAGCAAAACUGAACGGAUAGUCACAUGCUUUGAGUGUAGGAGGGGCAUCUGGUUGUGUAUCUUAGAGGUGUUCUCAUUACAGUCCAGCAGAUCCACACCACAGAGUAAGGUAGUGCCUUCGACAAAGGCCAGUCUGCUGCUGCCCCAGGGCCUUUGUACCUCCUGACUCCUGUGGUGAGCCGACUGCAGGUCACAGAUUCGACUCCCUGCUGCUCACACACCAGUUUUCAGGGUCUUUUGAAAGGUUGGUUUUUUUAUUGUAUUAAAACAACGUUCUUGCCUUGAGUGUUGGUUUGUCAGUGACACUUGUUGCAAGAUUCUCUGGGUCAUUCAGCUUCCAGUUCCUGCAUAUGGAACAUGAGACUAGAAAUAGUGGCAUUUAGCACUAAAGACAGUUCUCUGGUGGAAAUUGGUUUUGACAGGGUUUUCUGUGGAGCGUUGGGCACAGGGAGCAGCACCCAGAGCUGCUUUCUUCUGCUCCCUGGGGCAGGCUGGCUCCGUGACUGUGAGGAGCAAAGGGCCCAUCUGGGGCAGGGCUGCAUCUCCUCACGGCUUCCAGGUUGCUUGAUGAAGCAAAGCCAGCCCAGGCCCUUGGUAGGGCAGCGCUGCCAUGGGAAGACACGUUCCCUGAGUGUAACCAAGCUGCAGUUGCCAGCUGUUGGGAUUCCCACAUGUGCUUUUAUUGUGUUACAGAAGAGAAGCAACCACAGCUAUAAAAAUAACACAUUUCCCAAAGAGAACGUUACAAAGGCCAGCGCUGGUGUGUUCACACUGCUGCCAGGAGCCUCGGCUCACGUGGAAAGCACAAAGGGCUGUCUCAGGACCCUUAAAGCGCUGAAGUGCUCUCAGGAGCCGUUGUCUGGGGACGUGGGUUCACAGUUCAGCAGCGCCAGAGGAGUCGGUUCCUGCUGGGAGCAGUGUGACGGGCUCAGGACGGGGCCCUGGGGCCUGCAGCCCCCCUGGCAGGGAGAGGAGGCAGCUCCUGCACGCCCCAGGCUGAGGGGCACUGACAGAGUUCCUCCCUUGGAGUGGGGCCAGACACAGCCCUGGGAGGAGGAGAAGACGUGUCUCAGGGCAAGCCCUGCAUGUCGUGGGUGGGACUCAAGCUCUUGCUGAGGGUCUGAGGCUUUGUGAAGGGCCACCUCAGCCCAGGGGAGCUGAGCAGUGAGUGCAGCUCUGCCUGCUGGAGGCCUCUGUCGCAGGGGCUGUGCAGGGAGGAGAUGCAGCAGUGGGAAGGGGCCAGGCAGCCUCGUUUCUGCAGGGAUUCCCUCAGGCUGCACCCCGAGGGAGGGGGCAGAGGAAGGAGCUCCCAACUCUCCCUCAGUCUCCCCGCAGCGUCACCUCCGUGAGGUGCCUUUCUGGGGCGUGUGUGGGAUGUUGGAUCCCAACGUGCAGUCGCUAGAGGCCGGGAAGGAUCCCGCUUGCCUGCGUCCUUGCUUUCUGCUGAGGGUCUUUUACAGCCUGAAUCAACAAAUUACACCUGGGAAAAACAACCAGAAACAGAAAACAAAACAGGACACCUAGUCCCUCUCCUUUCCCCAAACCAGCAUCGAAUCUCCACCUCCCUGAUGGAGCAGGGAGGAUGAUCCAGGCCUCUGACUUCCACGAGAGCUCCCCGCUGCCCCUCCUCUGUGCUUGUGUGUAAGACACUCAGAGGAGGGGGGAAAAGAAGAGCUUUGAACAGAUAAGGCUGGAGACACGACUUUCUGCAUGUUUACAUGCUAGAACAUGAAGUUAAUUUACUUGACACUGCGGUGCCUCCGGAGCAAGGAGCAAUUUUUAUAGCUUACAGGAAAAUAAAUCUUCUUCUCCUCCUCGCGGCACAAUGAGUACACUGUAUGUACAUCUGCUUCGGUGCUAUGUACAGACACUGAGGGACUCGAACACAUCAGGAACUGACACACAGGCUCUGUGCUGCUCUACAAAGGACCGAGGGAAGGGGGGAGGUUGUGGCAGUCCGUCGGGAAAGCGAGUGGCGUGGCCGGGCCUCGGGCAGCUUGUGUCCGGGGACUGGACGGGCCGAGCCCCGGCUCCAGAGUCCCAUCGGCCCGGGCAGUGCAGGGAGCACAGAGCUGGGGCUGAGCAGUGCCAGGGCUGCUCCCAGCGAGAGAAACUCGUGUCCCCCGUGCGCUGCGGGGUUCAGCCCGGCUGCUGCGCUCCGGUCAGAGCCGCGCCGGCGGGAAGGUCCCGCCGUGCCAGGCCCCUCUCCUGCACGUCCCACGGGGCUCGGGGCUGUGCUGUCACGCACGGCUGGGACGUCCCCU